AUGAAUGAAGACGCCGUCUCACGAUUGGGCGAGUCAAGGGACAUCGCAUACCGGCGUCUCCAAGGAACGGAACGCAGACUGGCUAAGGAUUCAUCGCUUCGGGAACAAUACAAUGCGUUUAUGGAGGACUACAUCAAGCUCGGUCACAUGCGUGAGGUGGUUGAAACGGAUACGGAGUUGGACAAACGGUGCUUCCUCCCACACCAUCCAGUCAUCAAGGAGGCAAGUACCACCACCAAGUGCAUUCUGUGGCGCUUUUCACCUGCGGAAUGUGUUCAUCUGUACGAGCUUAACACCGUGACAUAUGGUACUAAAUCGGCACCUUUCCUGGCGACAAGAACGCUCAAACAGCUAGCCUUGGAUGAAGAGGCACAAUAUCCACUCGCAGCGAGAGCGGUUCUCGAUGACACCUACAUGGACGAUGUCAUUACAGGGGCGGACGGCGAAGAAACAGCAACCACAUUGCGGGUACAGCUAAACACAAUGAUGUCAAGUGGUGGAUUCAAGCUGCGGAAAUGGGCUUCGAAUUGCCCAGCGGUGCUGGAAGGCAUUCCGGAGGAAGACCUGGCGAUUCGGUCGUCAGAAGGGAUUAUUUUGGAUCCAGAUCCCUCAAUCAAAACACUGGGGCUAACUUGGAUGCUAGUCUCCGAUACUCUCAAGUACCAGUUUUCAGUUCCUAGUCUGAACCCUGAUACACCGCUCACUAAACGAUACGUGCUGUCAGUAAUUGCCACACUGUUUGACCCUCUGGGGCUGUUGGGAGCUGCCAUAACAUCGGCCAAGAUAUUUAUGCAACAGUUAUGGGCAUUACGUGACGGACAAGGUCAAAGGCUUGAUUGGGACCAGUCGCUACCAUCGACGGUGGGUGAGCCCUGGAGAAAAUUCCACGAACAGCUACCACUGUUCAAUGAAAUACGCAUUGACCGUUGUGUCAUCACUUCGAAUGCUGUCUCGACGGAGAUCCACUGUUUCUCGGAUGCCUCGGAGAAGGCGUAUGGAGCAUGUCUGUACAUGAGGAAUCUUAUGUCCAGAGGGAUUUCACCGGAAGAUAUCGUGAACAAUUCGUUCUGGUGGCAAGGACCGAGCUGGCUAGAGGAAGAAGAAGGUCAAUGGCCAAGCCUGCCACAUAAUUCACCAACUGGAGAAGGAGAUGAAGAAAAAAGGCGGACUGUAGUUGCUGCACCAGCUUAUGUAUUCGCCGAAUUCAACCAAACGUACUUCAGCAAGUUCUCGUCCUACACAGAUCUUGCUCGUUGUACAGCAUAUUGGCUGCGUUAUAUGAAGCUUAUACGAACACCGCGAAUGGAGAGGAAUUACCCAGCGUACCUGUCGUCGGCAGAGCUGAAGGAGGCGGAAAACACCCUGGUCCGCUUGGUACAGAAGGAAGUUUUCGAGACAGAAUGGAAGGCGUUGUCCAAAGGGGAGGCAGUUGCUAGAGGAUCGGCGUUGCGGUGGUUCAAUCCAUUCAUAUCGACGGAUCAACUAAUUCGGCUUGGCGGCCGUUUGAAGAAUUCCAUGGAAACGGAAAAAACCAAGCAUCCGGUUGUACUGCCAGCACGGCAUCUAUUCACUCACACUACCCUACCACGAGCGACUGCUACACGCUGGACCACAACUGCUGUUGAGUGUUGUAAGACUUCGCUUCUGGCCAUUAGGAGGAAGGAGUGUGGUGAGGAACAUAAUCCACAGAUGUCAGACGUGCUUCCGCUCGAAACCAUCGUCAGUCCAACAACAGAUGGGGGAUCUACCAUCGUCACGAGUCACGGUAUCUCGACCCUUUUCACGGACGGGUGUGGACUACUUUGGUCCAAUCUACGUAAGGCUCGCUCCAAGGCGUCCGGCAGUCAAAGCCUAUGUAGCGAUUUUCAUUUAUUUCUUCAGGCACUGAGACGGUUUAUCGCCAGGCGAGGGCGGUGUACCGAUAUUUUCUCCGACAAUGGCACCAACUUUGUCGGUGCACGGAAUAAGUUGCAGGACUUCCUCAAGUUGCUCAAGAACAAUGAACACAGUGAAGUUGUCACCAGGGAAUUAGCCAAGGAAGGAAUACAGUGGCACUUCAACCCUCCGAGCGCGCCACACUUCGGUGGCCUAUGGGAGGCUGCAGUUCGGUCGGCUAAAACCCAUUUACUGAAGGUCGUAGGAGAAGCACCAGUAUCCCCGGAAGACAUGAGUACACUGCUCACUCAAGUUGAAGCAUGCCUCAACUCUCGCCCUCUCACUCCCAUGUCAGAUGAUCCGAAUGAUCUACAGCCGUUAACGCCUGCUCACUUUCUGGUUGGAGAAUCACUGCAAGCGUUUCCCGAGUCAGACUUUACGGACGUUCCUCUCAAUCGACUUAAUCAAUGGCAGCUGACCCAGCGAAGGCUGCAAGACUUCUGGAAGCGCUGGCGAAGAGAGUACUUGUGCCAGCUUCAAGGACGAGCAAAACGAUGGAAACCAGCUGUUCCCAUCGAUAUCGGAACGCUAGUCAUCAUUAGAGAUGAGAAUCAACCUCCUAUGCACUGGAAGAUGGGGCGGAUAGUCAAGGUACACCCCAGUGAAGACGGAAUCGUAAGAGUGGUCACCUUGAAAACCGCUACAGGACUACUAAUUCGUCCGGUGGAGAAAAUUUGUCUUCUACCGAUCCAGGACGACAACGAUGAUCCAGAGUCAACAAUCCAGAGCAAAUGA